CUAGAAAAGACAUUGCUGGAUGAACGAGCCGCGUUGGAUCAGCAACGACUUCGUUUGAUGAACGAAGUGGCGGAGGAACGAGACAGACUCAAUUUGACGUGUGCCCGUGAGCGUGAAGAGAUUGAACGCGGUCGUCAAAAUCUGGAAUCUCGAUUGGAGCAGUUGACAGCCAAAUACGAACGGGAACUGGUUCAGCAACGACUCGAGAUGACCAAAAGACAUGAGGUAUAA